AUGGCUGUGUUCCGUCCCGGCCGGAGCCCCGGUCUGCGUCUAACGGGGUUAAUGUGCGUUUUAUUGCUCGUUUUCAUCACUGUUGCCUCCGCGAGUCGUGAUGUUGCUUCAGGGAACAACGAGUCGUGCAAAAAUUCAGGGACACAAGGGGAUCCCCAUCAGAAAACUAACUCCAGCUCUCACAAAAAGGCUUUCCCAGUCCUGUCCUUCAACUUCGAACACGUCAGGAAGCCCUUUGAGAUCUCUCUCUGGAUCCUGCUCGCCCUGCUCAUGAAACUUGGUUUCCACAUCAUUCCCAGAGUGUCACACGUUGUUCCAGAGAGCUGCCUGCUGAUCGUCGUCGGCCUGCUGGUGGGCGGCCUGAUCAGAGCCUCGUCUCCAACAUCCAUCAGUCAGAAUAUCCCUGUUCUUGACGAAAAGCUCUUCUUCCUCUACCUGCUGCCUCCCAUCAUCCUCGAUGCAGGCUACUUCCUACCCAUCAGGCCCUUCACAGAGAACUUGGGCACCAUCCUGGUUUUCGCAGUGGUGGGCACCUUGUGGAACAUCUUCUUCAUCGGUGGGAUGAUGUACGGCGUGUGUCAGAUUGAGGGCACUAGGCUGGGCAGCGUGGACCUGCUGUCCUGUCUCCUGUUUGGCUCCAUCAUCUCGGCCGUGGACCCCGUGGCCGUGCUGGCCGUGUUUGAGGAGAUCCACAUCAACGAGCUGCUGCACAUCCUGGUGUUCGGGGAGUCGCUCCUCAACGAUGCUGUCACUGUGGUUUUGUACCACCUGUUCGAUGAGUUUUCCCACGAAGGGACGGUGACUGUAAUGGAUGCCCUCCUCGGCGUGGUCUGUUUCUUCGUGGUUGCAUUGGGGGGCGUCAUGGUGGGAGCCUUCUACGGCAUCCUGGGUGCCUUUACGUCCCGCUUCACCUCGCACACGCGUGUCAUCGAGCCCCUUUUCGUGUUCCUCUACAGCUACAUGGCUUACCUAUCUGCUGAGGUCUUCCACCUGUCAGGAAUCAUGGCGUUAAUAGCGUGUGGCGUGAUGAUGCGGCCGUACGUGGAGGCCAACAUAUCGCACAAGUCCUACACCACCAUCAAAUACUUCCUGAAGAUGUGGAGCAGCGUGAGUGAGACGCUGAUCUUCAUCUUCCUGGGUGUUUCCACAGUCGCGGGUCCGCACACCUGGAACUGGACCUUUGUCAUAUGCACCGUCAUCCUCUGCCUGGUGUCGAGAGUGCUGGGGGUCAUCGGCCUCACGUACAUCAUCAAUAAAUUCCGCAUUGUGAAGCUGACCAAAAAGGACCAGUUCAUCGUGGCCUACGGUGGCCUGCGAGGUGCCAUCGCGUACUCACUGGGGUUCCUGCUGACCGACAGCAAGCUAAAGAACAUGUUCCUCACCGCCAUCAUCACGGUCAUCUUCUUCACUGUCUUUGUGCAGGGAAUGACGAUCAGGCCUCUGGUGGAGCUUCUGGCCGUGAAGAGAAAGAAGGAGAGCAAAGAAUCGAUUAAUGAGGAGAUUCACACACAGUUCCUGGAUCAUCUUCUCACAGGAAUUGAAGACAUCUGUGGUCAUUAUGGACAUCAUCACUGGAAAGACAAGUUGAACCGCUUCAAUAAGUCUUACGUGAAGAAGUGGCUGAUCGCCGGCGACCGAUCCAGCGAGCCGCAGCUCAUCUCCUUCUACAACAAGAUGGAGAUGAAGCAGGCCAUGAUGAUGGUGGAGAGCGGGAGCGCCGCCAAGCUGCCGUCACUUGUAACGACGACCGUGUCCAUGCCAAACAUCCAGCCGCGAGAGGCGCCCAAACGAAGGGCGAUACCGAGCAUCUCAAAAAGCCGUGAAGAAGAGAUCAGAAAGAUUCUGCGAGCCAACAUGCAGAAGACAAGACAGAGGCUUCGCUCUUACAGUAGACACGACCUGUUGAUGGACCCAUUUGAGGACAAUAUGAGCGAGAUUCGAUUUAGGAGGAAGGUGGAGCUGGAGAGGAGGAUGAGUCACUACCUCACCGUCCCUGCAAACCGGCAGGAAACGCCCCCUGUGAGAAAAGUCUGCUUUGAACCAGAACACCAGGUUUAUACUUAUGACAACGAGAGCCCCAGAGGUUCAGCAACUGAGCCAAAUCCCAGCCCUCCUGAUGCCAUCACCAUGUUUAUGGAUUCGCCCCAAGAGAGGCCCAAUCAGAGCAGCGAUCAGGGAGGCAAGAGCAGCGAGCAAGAAGAGCAAGACCAGCUGAAACUAUCACGCUGCCUUAGUGACCCCGGUCCAAAGAAUGAAGAGGAAGACAGGGCUUUCUUCUCAUGAUGAAUAUUCACAGUACUUGAAGUUGCAAUGAAGUCAGAGGGGGAAGUCUCCUGUAAUCUGUUGAAUUCAGUGAGCGGAGAUCCCUGAAUGAGUCGUAGCAAAGCUUGAUAUUUAAAUUUACAUUUUUGGCAGUAUUAUGAUGUUUUAUGUUCUGUUUUUGUAAUAUUUGAUAAUGCAAAAAUAUUUUUCUUGCAUUUUGAAAAGUGUAUUUUGUUUCAUUCUUUCAGGAUUUGUAUCAUGUAACAUAAUACCAAAGCAUGCACCACUGGCUGUUUGAGGAUUGUAUGCCAGCAUGCAGAGAGCCUUGUUUCAGUAUUUAGUUUCCUAGUAAGCACAAAGUGACCAAUAAGACAGAGCACUUAACCUGCUUGAAGCACCAGAUAGUUGGAGUUCACCCCUCUUAAAGCACAGUAUCCUAUAAA